AUGUACUCUUUCAACGAGUCCAUUAUACGGCAAGCCUCACGCGGUGGUGGAACCUUCCCAAUGCGAGGGCAGACAUUAAUAGAGCACCCACGGAAAUGUGUAAUGUGUAAAGCCUGUAUAGUCAAGCUGUCCACCAUUCUUGAUCAAUAUGGGGACGUAACCCCUUUUUUUCCAAAGUUCACCGCACAUCCAAAAAAAUGCAUUAUAAAAGAGAAAUCCUUGUCGAGAGGCCGUAUCCGAACAGGCAGUUAUCUUCGAUGUUUAGUCGAAGUUCUUUCACGGUCUUCCUCUGGGAUGGAGCACAGCUAUAAUUAUCUUACAUCGGUGCUUUUCAAAACAGCCUGCGACAAUAUCAAAUACGGUAGACGCAGUGCAGCACUCUUGACCAGAGGAAUAAGGGCAGUCUAG